CUGCACUGUCUCCUUCGGUCGACUCGUCUCUACUCGCCGCCGGCAGUCUUCUUUUUCCUCGUCGCCCCCCGGGAUUCACCCUCGCUCCCUCUCCUUGCCGCGCGGGCGACCUCACCGCCGCCGCUCCCUACUAGACAAGGCAGGUGCGGCUUGCCUGGCCCCCCAAAUCCGGCCGCAACCUCUCCGGAUUGAUCCUCUUACCGGACGCCGGGAGAUCAGCCGUUGUCCUCGUCAUCUCCUCCGCCGGCACGGCUCGCAGAAUUAGUCUUCAACUGUACUAGUCUGGGCCCAAAUCCGACCGCCGGGAGACCAACCAAUCGACCUCAGCCCAGCCGUGGCCCUCGUCGUCUCCUGUGCCGGCAAAACUCGCAGGCAAAGCCGCGACCAGCAGCACGUCCACGGCGGGGCACGGUGAGCGGAGCCGUCAGGUACCUCCUCCAUUAGGCGGACUAGUCAGCCUAGCCCCUGUAUCAGCCGUACUAAUUCAGUGUAUCCGACUUCAGAAACUUUCCAUCUCAAGGCUCAAGCAAAGAACAAGCUUCAGCUGCGGCCACUCUCCAUGGAAAAUGCCUGCACGAACCUCAACCAAGUCGUGCGCUCGGUGCGGCUGCUCAAGAUCGACGGGUUUAGCUUGACCGUGAGCCUGAGCUCUGAAUAUCGCUUCACAUCGAGAUGGAAUGUCGAUGGGUAUGAUUUGGAACUUGGUAUCUAUCCUGCAGCCAAACCCUUAUAUCCAGAUGGCAACAAGUUGAGACUUAUGUUUCUCAGUAAAGCCCGCACAGAGUGUGGUGUCCCAGUGAGCCUAGCCUGUCAGCUGGUAGAUCCGAGUGGGGAGCUCGAACCAUUUAAAGAGGACAGUGUGUCGGAGACCUUCUUUGCACCCCACUACUUCAAAGAACUCUUCUUCGUGAAUAGGAAGUCCAUACCAUCUGCUUAUCUCCGGGACGAUUCUUUGACUCUGCGAUGUGCCAUCACAAUGCUCAAGGAAUUACCAGUGCAAACCAUCCCAGCUGAAGAGGUGAUCACUGUACCAUCCACCAAUUUGCACCGGCACCUCGGCGAGCUCCUGGAGAGCGAGACGGGAGCCGAUGUCACCUUUCUCGUGUGCGACGAGUCGUUUGCUGCACACAAGGACAUACUUGCCGCGAGGUCUCCGGUUUUCAAGGCCCAGUUCUUUGGAGAGAUGAAGGGGAAGUGCUCGCAACGUGUGGAGGUGAAGGACAUGGAGGUGGCAGCAUUCAGGGCCAUGCUGCACUUCAUCUACACCGACACGGUGCCCGAGCUUGAUCAACCGCUCGAGGUGGUGGCGACGCUCGCUCAGCAUCUGCUUGCGGCUGCUGACUGGUACGGUCUUGAUAGGCUCAAGCUGAUUUGUGAAGUAAAGCUCUCUGGUGGCAUCACUGUCGACACCGCAGCGACAACUCUUGCUUUGGCGGAGCAGCACAAUUGCUUGAAGCUCAAGGCCAAAUGUGUCGAGUUCAUCGCACUGUUUUAAAUAGCCCGCUAUAGCUUCGCUAUAGCACGCUAUAGCAUUUACAAAAGGUCUUGCGCUAAGAGACUUUGGUUUAAACUGCUAAAUGAGAUUACGGAGUAUUAUACCUAUAUAUAUAACGUAAAUUUGUAGUACGAUAUGCGUCAGCUCAGGAAAUCUAUUU